UUCCGGCUGUGUGGAAUAACCCCCGCCCAUUUCCGGUUGUCCGUUACAAAAGCUGUUGUUAGCUACUAAAGCAAGAGGAGCUCUGCUCUGGUGACACAACGCCGCUGGAGGAACAAUGGGAGUGAAAGUUGAAGUCGAAUACUGUGGCGCUUGAGGCUACGAACCCCGCUAUCGGGAGCUCCACCGAGUCGUGAAGGAGGAGUUUCCUGAUGCGGAUGUGUCGGGCUUCGUGGGAAGAUCAGGCAGCUUUGAGAUCCAGAUCAAUGGGCAGCUGAUCUUCUCCAAGCUUGAGCUGGGCGGCUUCCCACAGGAAGAUGACGUCAUGAAUGCGAUCCAGGCCGCCUUCGAUGGGAAACCGGUGGCGAAGAUCACCAAAAGCCGCGCACCGUGCGUCAUCAUGUAAACCUCCCUGUGUUGCAGCUUUAACAUCUGCAGCAUCACAGCAGGCCAGUGCGACUUCGAACUGCCGAUGCCACCUCUGGUUCACCUUGUCUGACCUGCUGGGACACAACAGCACUUAAUUUAACCCCAGCAGAGAAGCACUAGGUGUUUUUUGUGAUGCCAAACACCAAACGUCUCUACUUUCUGGCUCCUCUCUCUGCUCUUAUUCUGGUUCUCCAGGCUGUUAAUGAUUACUGUAGCUGAAAAUGUUAAAGGUUACGGUAUGAUGGAUCCAUUCCUGGAGUUUCCUUUGUGUAGGAGCAGAGAUUUGGAGAAGAUGUUGCAGAUAUUUAGGAGGGAGUUCACUUUUAUUUUUCCUGUGGCCUCAUUGCCUUUUCUGUUCUUGCUCUAACAUGCAAAUUUCAGUCAAUGCAAAAUAGUUUCACAUGAGUUCUAAGAAUAAAGGGAGUGUCAGUGCUGUUCUGAAUGAUCUGUUACUAACACAUCUUACUUAGUUUUGAUUGAUUUGGAACACUCUGUUUACGGGUAUUAAGUGGUGAUGCAGUAUGAAUUUGUGGUGGAUGAAUGCAAAAGUUUCUUUCUUUUAUAUGCAUAUCAAAUUGGAAGAGUCUUCAACAUUAGUAAUUGGUUUUAAUGCUGCCGUUGUAUGCAGCAGCUGAGCUCUGUCAAGUACCCUAUUUGAAUUUGUUGUCCAUUUUUUGUACAAAUGGUAAGUUAUUCCAUAUUUAAACUGGUAAAAAAAACUGGAGCGAUCAUCCAUUGUGCUUCUGAAGACCAUCUCCCACUGGUCUGUCAAGCUCACAAUGAAUACAUUUCAAGCUACUUUUCCACAGAUCAUCUCAGAUUAUUUACUCUGAUGUCAAAACUGUAGACUUUCAAUAAAAAUAACGGUUGUUUAAGUA